GUAAUGGUCGGGAGCAUCCGCACCAAGACAACACCACAAUCCACAAAGCAUCUCAUCUUCCUUCGACAACUCUACAUGGCCGGCUCUCUUAUUUCGUCACUCACCUCCAGCUUCGCUCGUCUCUCCAGUCUUUACUUCGCGAAAGGGCGAGGAGCUGCUUGUUCGGCAAACUACAUACGUUGCUAUCGGCCAUCCUUUAAAAUUCGCUACAUUUCCUUAUAUCCCCAAUCUAGACUUCUGCGGCUCUCUUUUUCCUCAAAUGCUGUUGCACGCGGGGGUUUGAGCCGCAGCCUGGAUCGCGAGGAUUUGGUUGUUCUUGGCAUUGAGACGAGCUGCGAUGAUACAGCAGCUGCUGUUGUUACGGGCAAUGGGGAAGUACUCGGUCAGGUUGUAUCUUCUCAAGAAGAUCUUCUUUCCCGUUAUGGAGGUGUGUCUCCCAAAAUGGCCGAAGAAGCACACUCACUUGUUAUUGAUGAGGUUGUUCAAAAGACCCUACAAUCUUCAAAAUUGACAGAGAAAGAUCUCACCGGUGUCGCUGUUACUAUUGGGCCUGGUCUAAGUCUUUGUUUGCGUGUCGGUGUUACUAAGGCUCGCAGAGUUGCCGGAAGGUUCAAUUUGCCUAUCGUCGGAGUUCAUCAUAUGGAAGCUCAUGCUCUAGUUGCUAGAUUGGUAGAUAGAGACCUGCAAUUUCCAUUCUUAGCUCUUCUAAUUUCCGGAGGCCACAAUCUCCUCAUCCUGGCUCGUGAUGUUGGACAUUAUGUGCAACUUGGGACAACAAUAGAUGAUGCUAUUGGAGAGGCAUAUGAUAAAACAGCAAGAUGGCUUGGCCUUGAUAUGAGUAAAGGUGGUGGCCCGGCACUUGAAGAACUUGCUCGUGAUGGUGAUUCAAAUUCCUUAAAAUUCAAAAUUCCAAUGAGGCAGUAUAAGGAUUGCAAUUUUUCAUAUGCUGGCCUAAAAACUCAGGUCAGAUUGGCUAUUGAAUCUAGAAAUGUAUGUGUGGGCAACAAUCCCAUUUCUUCAGCUAGUUUUCGAGACAGAAAAUCCCGAGCUGAUAUUGCAGCAUCUUUUCAGCGUGUUGCUGUUUUACAUCUUGAGGAGAGGUGUGAACGAGCAAUCGAAUGGGCAAAAGAGAUGGAACCUUCUAUUAAUUGCUUGGUAGUUUCUGGCGGUGUUGCAUCAAAUCAAUAUGUUAGAUCUCGUCUAAGCUAUGUUGUGGAGAAGAAUCAUAUCCGCCUUGUUUGUCCACCUCCAAAACUUUGCACUGACAAUGGUGUAAUGGUAGCUUGGACUGGAAUCGAGCACUUUCUUUUAGGAAGAUUUGAUCCGCCACCACCUGCAAGUGAACCGGAAGAUCAUGUGUAUGAUAUCCGGCCAAGAUGGCCAUUGGGUGAAGAAUAUCUGCAGGGUAAAAGUGAAGCUCGUUCUCUGAAGAGAGCCCGCAUACAUCCAUCACUCACAUCUAUUAUCAAAGCUUCCACCCAACCAAAAAUUUAGCUGCUUCCAUACUCAGUACAGUGUAAGGACUCGUUUAUUGGCUUCUUGUUGUACCAUCUGGCUUUGCACAUAAGAGAAGAAACUAUUGCCUUCCAGAUUAAUGCAUGCUAUUUUAGCAAUCAUCAACAAUUUUAUUUCUGUAUUCCAAGUUUAGUGUAAUUUUGUUUUAGGAUAUUAAGAUACAUACCACUCAGUAUGUGUGUAUUUACAUAUCUAACAUCUAAAUUUUACUUUCAUCAUUUAUACCACCCAAAAUUUUUAUAUCACAUAAAAAAUACCACUAUUUUGACCUUUAAAAUGUGAUAUACGCCUUUUCAUGCAUGGUAAAGUGUCAUAUGUAAUAGUUGAAAGUUUGGGUGUUAGAUAUGUAAAUACAUAGGAAUUGAGUGGUAUGCAUGUAAAUCUUCAUUUUGAUGAAUAUGCUACUUAAUUGUUUUGUUGGAAUGUAACUUUAUGCAAGUCGGUUUGGCGUAGUGGUUUAGGGUUUAAUCUUUCAACCAAGAAGUUUUUGGUUCAAAUGCAUGCAAGUGUUUGAGAUUAAACCAAAACAAAAAA